AAAUGCACCGUUUAACCUCUAAACCCUAACUCAUCUUUCCGUUUUGCAAAUCCCUCUUUCUCAAUUUCAUGAAAGAAACCCUAACAAUCCCAAUUUCCAUGGCAAGGUUCACAUCCUUCUCAUGGAGACCCUCAAUCACAAUCCCAAUCACAGUAGCAGGCCCCCUCUUUCGUCGCCGCAAGCAAUUUUUCUCUGUCAAACCUCAAUUUCUUCACUCUCCGAAACCACAACGACUCCUGGUAUUUGCAGCGAACAACGAGAAGAAGGAAGAGGAGAAUAACGAAGCCGUGAGGGAAGUGGAAGACAAAGAAGAACAAAAACCCAGUGGUUCCAAUGGAGAAGAAGAAGAUGACAAGAAGAAUUUCAGCAAAGAAAGAAGAACAAUUUUCAGUUUGAGUUGGAAUUCCCUUUUUGACCCUGACCCAGACAACGUGGUUGCGCUUGGGUUGACCGGGAUUCUGACAUGGGCGAGUGUUCAAGUUCUCUGGCAGCUGUUGUUCAUCUCCUUCGCCAUUCUUGUCGCUGCAAUCAAGUACUCUUUCAUUGCUGCUCUUCUUCUCUUCAUUCUCAUCACUCUUCUCUAAAUUUACCUGCUUUAAUUUGUUCUUUGAUCCUAUCAUGUUCAUAUGCUACAGAGAAUUAAUUAAUUAAUUAAUUAAUUAAUUGUGUAUAGUUAAUAUUGAUCUUGUUGUUAAUGAAGAGUAGAUUAAUUGAUCAUUUCCACCAUUGAUAUUUUACUAGGUAGGGUAGAGUAAGGUGAAAUUUUUGUCUUUUAAUUCUGUAAUUAUUAUUUUUGUUUAGUAAAUUCCUCCAAUAAUUGACCUUUCUUAACGAAACGAUCAUGUUAAAAUUUGUUGUAAUGCUAAGGACUAGAACAGUACCAAUGAUUCAGAAAUUAAUGUGCUGGAAGACAGAAAAAAUGUGUCAUUAGAGUAAAGGAUGCAACUUACUGAAAAAAGAAAGAACAGGAAAUU